UGUGUCAGGAUUUUGUUACCAGGAAGUGGGCCGAGUUAUUUAUAUUUCAACACCCGUCCUCUUGUACCCGAGGGACAACCAGUGGUAGUAACCUGAAACUAUAUAUUCAAGCGUUGUCUGGUUCUUGACGAUACAAACUGAUGGAGAACAAUUGGCUUCACGCUUAGGAACAACGAGAAUCCAAAGAAAAUUUCUGUAAAUGUAAAUAAUGUAAAGACUGUGUGGAGGAUAAAGUGACCCUGUGAGGGACUCAGCAGUGGAAGAGUAUAAAUACCUUCCAAAUGCUGCGUUGGGAUGAAGCUCCAUGAGAAGAUUUUGACCCAUUACCUAUCAUGCACCUCUCCAGUCGAUAAAGAGGGAUAUCUUUAUAAAAAGAAAGAGCGAAAUGCCACCUACCAGCGGCGGUGGUUCGUCCUGAAGGCCAACCUGCUGUUCUACCAGGAGCGUCCAGCUGACCGACACCUGCUGGGUGUCAUUGUGUUGGAGCGAUGUGCAGUUCGCAGGGCAGAGUCCGAUGCACAGUUCGCCUUUUCCCUGGUGUUCGGUCCUGGACUCAAAACCUACAGGUUUGCAGCAGUGGAUCGACAGACACAGGAGAGCUGGGUGAAGGCUUUGCUGUCGGCCAGCCACUGUUACCUCUCCCUGCUGGUGAGAGACCUGGGGAGGCAGUAUGAAGAAGCUAAACAGCAGCAAGGCUCCGGUGAAUCCCGUUCCUCCGUCACUGCCCUCAAACCGUCCACAUACAGUUUCCUAUUCACUGCACAGGGACCAACAACAGCAGCGGUGGUCAGGGAGGGAAGGAGCCACAGCGCCAGCACUGUUUUGCAAGCAUCUUCAAUACCAACCAAAGUGGUAGCUAAAAAGUCUCCCAAACUGUGGCCCAGAAGAAAUGCUUACGUCACACCGCUGAAUGGACCAGCACCUCUGUACGGGGAAUGGCCUUUGGUGGGUUUUGACCCGCUUGAGGACUUCCGCAAACUUCACGAUUAUUAUGGCCAAGAAGUGAAGAAAGCACGAGAGGAAUGGCUGAGAAGUCGGCAAGCAGAGGAGGAACGCAGCGAUGAAGAUCUCAUUGACCUGGGGUGAAAAAAAAAGAGAUUUGUGAAGAGGAACUGAGAAGAAGCGAUUCAUGUGUGUCAAACAGGAACUGAACCUGAAGUGUUUUGCUGUAUUUAUAGAGUCUGAGGCCCAGACAGCUGUUUAUGUGCUGAAAGUUAACCUGUUUCACAUGGCCAGCUUGAAAACUUUCAGAUUUAGGGCAGAUGCUGUUGGUGUCUGCACAUCUGCACUUUUAGGUCUUUUCCUUGCAUUCUGACAUGUCAUAGUGAAAGCACAGGUUAACAGGAUUAACCUCUGCUAUUCAAGUGUCCCAGGAAGCCAAGAGAGUCAACAUGGACAACACAAAAAUGCUGAAAAUGGAAUUCAGUCAUCAUUCAUUUCAUAAUUUAAAGGUGUAAUCUGCAAUUAUAGAGAAGGAUUGUUGAUAUUUAGCCAGUUAGUGUAUUUAGAUAGUAGCAUGUGCCAGAUUUACCGUCCCGUAUCCCACUUUCUCCCUGAACAUUUAAGCUCGUGCACAGGAUAAACUGGGAAAGUGACCACAUUGUUUUCAGCUAGAAGACCAUGAUGAGAUACUCAUUGAAUUUGACAAAAAAGUAUUAUAAAGUGUGUGAGAGAAAAAAUCUCUCCAAACCAAGACACUCCUUAGAUCAAAAUAUCUUUAUUAUACAGACAUGUCCUGGCUGGACUGUUAAAAAGAUGCUGUGCUCCUGCCUGACUGUAUAUAUAGACAUAAAUUCCUCAGUUCACUGGCACUGAGCCCAGAAGAGGACAUGAGAUGCUAUGCGUGGGCAUCUUUAUUUCCAGCCCCGCACUAGGACAUGUCAAAAAUAAUAAAGACAUUUCAAUGUAAGGAGUACCUCGGUUUGGAGAUGUUUUUCUCUCUUGAUGCCAAAGAGCACUGACCAAAAUAAAAAAAUAUGAAUUAAGACUUUCUACAGACAGAGCACACCUGUAAUUGUAUAUUUUAUUAUAAUUGCAGACUCUACCGUAAAAAUCUCAUUCCUUGUUUUUCUAUAUGUUCUUCUUGCUAAUUGGAACCUGUACACUUGCUGCUAGAUGUGUUUCCUGAGCAGAUAAUCUUUCAUAAGUGGUGCAAUUUACACUUUCCUCCAUAGCAUAAAAAUGCUUUAUGACGCAGUAUUAAGCAAAGAGUAUUAUAUAUUUUUCAUUGCAUGCAAAAAUAAAAUUGAUAUGUUGAUUUAAA